CUCACAUCUAUUGUGCAGGUGGAGCAUACGCGGCUGUAUGGUCCGAUCUGGCGGUCACGUUUUGGGCCGUUUGAUGUGGUAAAUGUGGCGACGGCUGAACUGAUUGCACAGGUGAUCCGACAGGAGGGCCGGUAUCCAGUGCGGACUGAUCUGCCUCACUGGAAAGAAUACAGAGACAUGAGAGGACAGGCAUAUGGAAUUCAUGUAGAUACAGGCCCUGAGUGGUAUCGCAUCCGCAGUGCUCUGAACCCUAAGAUGCUUAAACUGAAGGAAGCAGCAGCAUAUGCUCCCAUCAUUCACGAGGUUGUGUCUGAUCUCCUACAGCGUGUGGAACUCCUGCGUCUGCGCAGUCAAGACCAGGCCACCAUCAAUGACCUCACCUCUGAGCUCUACAAAUUUGGCUUUGAGGGAAUCUCCUCGAUCCUGUUCGAAACACGGUUAGGCUGUUUACAGGAGGAAAUUCCCACAGACACUCUGCGGUUCAUAUCUGCCGUUAAUGACAUGUUGGCGCUGUCAGAGACGGUUCUUUUUUUCCCGCGCUGGACUCGUCAUAUCUUCCCGUUCUGGAAACGGUUUGUCCAGGCAUGGGAUGACUUGUAUGACGUAGCCCGUCGUCUGAUUGAUAGGAAGGUGAAGCAGAUACAUGAUCAGGUUGAGCGUGGAGAGCAGGUGGAGGGCAUGUAUCUCACCUACCUGCUGUCCAGCAAUAAACUCAGCUUAGGAGAGGUGUACAUCAGCCUGACUGAACUUCUGCUGGGAGGUGUGGAUACGACGUCCAACACAUUAUCAUGGACCUUGUACCACCUUGCACGUAAUGCAGAAGUACAGAACCGCCUCUAUAAUGAGAUUGCAUCUGUGUGUCCGAAUAAAGAGCUGCCGACCACAGAACACCUGACAAGGAUGCCCUACAUGAAGGCUGUCAUCAAAGAAACUCUCAGGAUGUAUCCUGUUGUUCCUGGUAAUGGACGACUGACUGUGGAUUCGGAAGUAAUUGUGGAUAAUUAUUGGUUCCCUAAGAAGACACAGUUCCAUCUCUGUCAUUACGCUGUUAGUCACGAUGAGAGUAAUUUCCCUGAACCGGAGCGUUUUGUUCCAGACCGCUGGUUGAGAGACAGCCCGUCUCGCUCUCGGCAUCACCCCUACAGUUCUGUCCCGUUUGGGGUUGGUGUUCGGGCCUGUGUGGGGAAGAGGGUCGCAGAGCUGGAGAUGUACUUUGCCCUAAGCAGACUGAUGCAACAUUAUGAGAUCAGAACGGAGGAAGGAGCCCCAUCCAUACAGCCCAAAACCAGAACCCUGCUCAUUCCCUCCAAACCCAUUGACCUGCAGUUUAUCCCUCGGGCUUGAUACCAGCAAACAGUACUAUUAAUUCAAAUCAUUUCGCCUUAAAUGUCCAAGGGCCCCGACCUGUUUCUGUGAAAUGCUGCAUGUGGUAAUUUAGGGUAGAAGGUAAAAGUGGGCCAGCUUUUAAAAUAAAAUACAACUGAGCUUCAAUAUUAUUAGAGGGAUUUACAGCUGAGGUGUUCAAAUCGCCUGGGUUGCAUUAUUAAAGAAGUCUCUUGCAAAAUCACUAUUGCUCUUUAACAGUCUGAAGGGAAAGCAGACAGGGAGAGACAGAAGAAAACCUUCUGUUCAUGUGCUGGUGGCAGUGACUCUGCAGAGAUCAUGCGGACAGCCUACAAAAUAUGCUAUUUGCUAUGGCCAUCAAGUGUCUGAUCACGCAGAAAGAAUGUUCUUUAAAAAUGUUUUCUGAUGUUUAUAUAUAUAUAUAUAUAUAUAUAUAUAUACAUUUAAUAUUGAUGUUAUGGCAUUUGUUCAAACUAUAAUCAAAGGACAUCCUUUGCACUUUCCUAGCUUUUUGUUUUGAGCCAGGCUGAAAGCAACGAAUUAACUAGAAAGUUUAAAGCUGCAGUCCGUAAGCUUUGCCUCUUUGUCGCCAUCUCUGUUUGAAAAUCUGGAAUUGC